AGCGGAGGUGAGAGGAACCCGCAGCGGGACACGGUCGCGCGCCCCCUCGGCCGCGCAGGUUGGUUCGUGCCGCGGCGCGCGGCCCGCCGGGGCCGGCGCACAUGGCCCGCGUGCAGGCGCCUCCCCACCCCUCCCCCGCUGCGCCGCCGGCCGCGCCGAGCUGGGAGCGCCCCGCACCGACCCCCAUGCAGGACGGCGAGCUCAGCCCCGGGGCCCCCGGCCCCGCCGACGGGCCCGUGCCGCCCGCCGAGCCGUCUCCGCCGCGGGACGACGAGGGAGAAGGACAGGAGGAGGCCGGCGGCGAGCGUGAGGCACCGCCGGGGCCCCCCGAGCCGCCGCCCGCCGAGGAGCCCGCCCAGCCCUCGCAGCCGCCCUCCGGCCGCCAGAGCCCCGAGGAGGCCGAGCCUGAGCCGCCAGCCGAGGCCAAGGCCGAGCCCGGGGAGGACGAGGAGGAGGAAGCCGAGCCCGGCUCGGCGCAGGAGAACGGGGAGGCCGCGCCCGCCGAGCCCGAGGACGAGAUCUCCUUCAGCGACCCCGAGGACUUCGUGGACGACAUCAGCGACGAAGAAUUACUUGGUGAUAUACUGAAAGAUCGGCCACAGGAAGCAGAUGGAAUUGACUCUGUAAUUGUUGUGGAUAAUGUUCCCCAGGUUGGACCAGACAGACUUGAGAAACUGAAGAAUGUCAUCCACAAAAUAUUUUCCAAGUUUGGUAAAAUUAUCAAUGAAUUUUAUCCAGAAGCAGAUGGGAAGACAAAAGGGUACAUCUUUCUGGAGUACAUGUCUCCGUCUCAUGCAGUGGAUGCCGUGAAGAAUGCUGAUGGAUACAAACUGGAUAAACAGCACACUUUCAGAGUCAACCUUUUCACAGACUUUGAUAAGUACAUGACCAUCAGUGAUGAAUGGGAAAUCCCUGAGAAACAGCCAUUUAAGGAUUUGGGGAAUCUUCGAUACUGGUUGGAAGAUCCUGAUUGUAGGGACCAGUACAGUGUGAUCUUUGAGUCGGGAGACCGGACCUCUAUUUUUUGGAAUGACAUCAAGGAACCUGUUCAAAUUGAGGACAGAGCACGGUGGACAGAAACCUAUGUACGCUGGUCCCCAAAAGGUACCUACUUGGCUACGUUCCACCAGAGAGGCAUUGCACUUUGGGGUGGAGAGAAAUUCAAGCAGAUUCAAAGGUUUAGUCACCAGGGAGUGCAGCUUAUUGACUUCUCACCCUGUGAAAGGUAUUUAGUAACCUUCAGCCCUUUGAUGGACACACAGGAUGACCCCCAGGCUAUUAUCAUCUGGGAUAUUCUGACUGGGCAAAAGAAGCGAGGAUUCCACUGUGAGAACUCAGCUCACUGGCCUAUUUUUAAAUGGAGUCAUGAUGGUAAAUUCUUUGCUCGUAUGACUUCAGAUACCCUCAGCAUCUAUGAAACACCUUCUAUGGGUUUGUUGGACAAAAAAAGCUUGAAAAUCAAUGGGAUAAGAGACUUCUCCUGGUCUCCAGGUGGUAACAUAAUUGCUUUCUGGGUGCCUGAGGACAAAGACAUCCCGGCAAGAGUGACUUUGAUGCAGCUGCCUUCUAGACAAGAGAUUCGUGUACGGAAUUUGUUCAACGUUGUAGACUGUAAACUACACUGGCAGAAGAACGGGGACUACCUGUGUGUGAAGGUCGACAGGACUCCCAAAGGGACGCAGGGAGUAGUGACCAACUUUGAAAUAUUCCGAAUGAGGGAAAAACAGGUGCCAGUGGAUGUGGUGGAAAUGAAAGAAAGCAUCAUAGCCUUUGCUUGGGAGCCAAAUGGAAGCAAAUUUGCUGUGUUACAUGGAGAAACUCCAAGAAUUUCAGUUUCCUUUUACCAUGUUAAAAACAAUGGGAAAAUAGAACUCAUAAAAACAUUUGACAAACAGCAGGCAAACACGAUAUUCUGGAGUCCUCAAGGGCAAUUUGUCGUGUUGGCUGGCCUCAGAAGCAUGAAUGGUGCCUUAGCAUUUGUUGAUACAUCUGACUGCACCAUGAUGAAUAUUGCUGAACACUAUACAGCUUCAGAUGUGGAAUGGGAUCCUACAGGCAGAUACAUUGUGACUUCUGUCUCUUGGUGGAGCCACAAGGUGGACAAUGCAUAUUGGUUAUGGACCUUCCAAGGCCGUCUACUUCAGAAAAACAAUAAAGACAGGUUCUGUCAGCUUCUCUGGAGACCACGACCAGCCACCUUGCUCAGCGAGGAUCAGAUAAAGCAAAUUAAGAAGGACCUGAAGAAAUACUCGAAGAUAUUUGAGCAGAAGGAUCGCCUGAGCCAGUCCAAAGCUUCAAAGGAGCUAGUGGAAAGGAGACGUACAAUGAUGGAAGAGUUCAGAAAGUACCGCAAGAUGGCACAAGAGUUGUACAUGGAGCAGAGGAAUGAGCGCUUAGAGCUUCGAGGAGGAGUAGACACAGAUGAACUGGACAGCAAUGUCGAUGACUGGGAAGAGGAGACCGUUGAAUUUUUUAUCAAUGAAGAAAUUAUUACCCUUGCAGAACCAGAGUAAUCAAUAAAACUGUGUACCACCAUAUUUUGUGCUGAAAAGAAGUUCCUUCAUUUUAAGAAAGCCUACAUCAACUCUGGAAUUUUUAAUCCAUAUUCUUGCACUCUGGAAGGGUGGAUGCACCAGAUUUUCUCCGUUCUAAUACAUUGUAGUGCCUUUACGUCUUGCUGCCCACUGCAGUGAGAUACUGGAAAGGCGCUGCUUUUAAAUUUUUAUUCUUUUUUUUUUUUAGGGUUUAAUUUUUUUUCUUUUUAAAUCCAGUACUACCAGUAUUUACUUCCUGACCCCUGUGCAGUACUUGCCAACCGGUGGGUUUUGACUGUUGCCAGUGAGGUGCGGUUCAUCAGAGCACCUCUGUCUUACACACACACACACACGCGAUGUCUCUGUUUCAGGACUCUUUCUAUGUCCUGAGUGCAUGGACAGAUGUUCAUUUUGUUUGGGGAAAAGUCAACAGAACCGUUUUUCGUAUGAUGUGUUUUAGUGUGCUGAAGCAGCACUACAGUGGGCUAUAUCCUCCUCCUUUCAGAUUGCGAAAGGAUGUCUCCCUCAAAAAAGCUGAAUAUGGAAAUAAAAGCAGACCUAUACUAAAACUGGGCUGGCUAUGCGUUGUUUGUAAGGAAUCUUUCCCUGAAUGAUGAAAGUUAAACAUACCCAUGGUGAUGCCAAGUGUGUUUGCUAUAUUGACUGUAUGGUUCCUUUGGAUUUUUUUUUUUUAAUCUCGGUUCUUCGUGGCUCUUCUUUUGUGUUGUGGUUUGUUUGGUUUUUACAGUGAUAGUAUGGCUCAUUAAUCAGGCAAGAUGACCUGUUUCUGUAGUGGAGUGACUGGAAAAUGAGUAGAUUUCUUAAACUGUUUGCAAACUGAUACCAGCCUCAGGUAUUAUUAGAUAAGUCUUACUGUGAACUUUGCAAACUUUCAGAGAAUUGUUCUUUAUCCACAUGCCUUGUGAUCCCUGUUCCGGUACCUGGUUUCAUUUUUAAAGCCCUCUGUGCUUGAAGGGGAAAAGUGUACUUAAAGCUGAUGGAGCAACUACUCUGUAUUUGUAUUUAUGGGUAAAGAUACUUGUCUGGAUAUUGUGAGAGAGCUUGGCCUGCUGCGUGCCCGCUGAGGGGCAGAGCAGAAUGAGGAUGCUGCUAUCUCCUCUCCUGGGAAAAGCCAGUGACAUUGGUAAUGUGAGCUGUCUUGAGUGGCUCUUCUAAAACCCUGAGUCUGGUGGAUCUGAAGUGCAACGCAGAAAGCACCCUUUGGGUAAAGGGUUACCCACUCAUCUGGAAGCAGCCACAAGGGGCAGUAAUAUGUUCAGUGUUCUCUUUUGUUUUUCUUUAGGUGAACUUGCUGUGAUGGCAAAUGCAUGAAUCCCUCAACUAAUUCCUGCAUUCUCUCUUCACCAGGAAGACUUAUAAGAAUUAUUCUAUAGUGAUGGUAUUGACUGAGUUUCAGUAGUUCACUCUUAAACCAGCGAGUGGUUUUCCAGAAGCCUAUAUUAGUUUCCAGUAUUCUGCAUUUGUUAAUUCAUAAUCCAGAUACGUAGAUGAUUAAAGUUUCAUCCAUGAUAUUUAUGAACUUCAUCAGUCAACUGGACUGGAAAAAUGUAUUUACUUUGUGGCAAAACAAUGCAGAAUAACUUGUAGCCCAUCAAAGUUUUACAGUAAUGGCUUGAACUUCUAUUGCAGGAAUCAUUUUAAUUACCUUUUAAUUAUGAAGAGCUGACUUCUCAGCAGUCUUGUAAGUUACAAAUUGAGUUGAAAGGGGUUUUUUUCUUCCCAUCUCCAUGCAAUGAAGUUUUGAUAGGCUACUGUGUUUUAUUCCUGGCCAUCUUCAAAGUAAAGAAAUAUAAUUACAAUGUUAAUUGACUCCUUUUCUAAUGUGCCUCACCAAACCUUGUUGCUCCUUUAGGAGCUUGGGAAGCUGAUGAGAUGUUGUCCUGACCAGCAGUUAAGGCCUCUUCUCAUCUGUAACACUGGCAUUUCUGACACUGCUCCCCUCAAUUGUGUCUUUUCUUUAGUGUUUCUUACUAUAAGUGCUUUUUGCAAAUUAUGUGCUACUGAAAUAGCUUUAUGGGUAUGUAUUCGGUAAACCAGUCUAUUUGGCAUGUCUUGGGAUAAUGCUAGGAGUUGUAAUAGGGAGGAAGGGUCCUAGUGGAUUGAAUCCGUGUUGGUUUGUAGUUCCCAGCACUCUGCAGUUGGUUUUCAGGCUACAGUCUGCCCCUCAUGAGACCUUCUGAAGGAUGUUCAGAACAGGAGCAGGUUUGUAGGUACUGAAGGGUGAUGUGUGUGGGGGGAGGCUUCCAAAAGCAGUUGAAUCUCUGUUGAAUGCCUUCAAGGGUCCAGAUCUUAGGAGGGCAGGGAGGGAAACAAACCUGAACCAUUCAGUAGAAUAAGUGUCAUUGCGUUUGUUAAAGUAUUGUCGUUAGUAUUCUUAAUGAUUUUUCUUCAACAGCAAGAUUAACUGCAGCAAUUUAUACAACCCUGGGCUAGACCUCACACACUCUAUUUUGAUUUUUGUGAUAAAUAAGCGUUCUCAUG